AUGGUGUCACUUGCUCAUUCUUUGCAUGGAGAAUCGUCAUAUGCUGACUUGGUUAUCAAUGUAGGAAAAAUCACCCUUGGUGAAAAAAACAGGAACAAGUUGACAAAAGCUCAGAAGGAUCAAGAAAGAGAGAAAAUCAUCAUAGCUGCCUGUUCUUUGUUAAAUUCUGGAGGAGGAGUGAUCCUUAUGGAAAUGGCAAACAACUGUACAGAGAAAAUGGACAUAGAGAUGGGACAGGAUUUAGAAAAGUCUUUAAAUGAUCUUAUUGAACCUUCUCAAUUUCACACCUAUUUUGAAACCUUGCUGAAAGAAAAAUAUUAUUACAUUUAUGUUAAAUCUUGGAGCAAUGGAGUUUCCCCUGAGAAUAACUCAGCCAUGCCUCGCAUUUGUAGUCAGAGUUUGAUUCUAUAUCAUAGGAGUGCCACUAGAACUUUAAAGAUGAGUCCAAUCAUGGUCAUCAACUUUCUGAAGGAGAGAAAAAAAAAGAGUUGGAUUAGUGUGGAAAGUGCACCCCCACGAAAAAUAUUUAAGUCUGCUGAUCCCAACAUUGAGGAGAGGGACCCCGUUUCUCUAGUAUUCCAAAGGGAUAGCCUUGAGAGAGGAGAAGUGUUACCAUUUUCUGAAUCCGUGUCAGUAGAGUUUAAACAAUUCUCAACCCAAAAAGUAGUCAGCUAUAUAAAAGACAUAAUACCAAGGUACAUUUCAGCAUUUGCCAAUACGAAAGGAGGAUACCUCUUUAUUGGUGUGGAGGACAGUAGUCAGAAAGUUGAGGGAGGCUUGAAGGAAAAUAUGGACCCUGAAUACUUGGAAGAUGAAAUAAGACAAAAGAUAGACAACUUGCCUUUUUUUCACCUUUCUUCCACUUGCCCUAAACCUUCAGUAGAUUACACAAUCAAAUUUCUGAAAGUCUACGACAAGGGAGAACUCUAUAGUUAUGUCUGCGCAAUCAGAGUAGAACCAUUUUGUUGUGUGGUGUUCUCAGAAACACCUGUUUCAUGGAUUGUGAAAAAUGGACAUAUUAAUAAAUUAUCACCUACAGAAUGGUUGGACAAGAUAUUGGAUGCUGACCCAGAUCUUUCAAUCCUAGCUGAAGACUUUGAUUCUCAGUUGAGCCUGGACAAUUCCCCUCCCCACAGCAGACCAGUAUAUUGCAAGAAGAACCUAGAACAUAAGGAGGAGCUUCAACAACGGUUGUUCCCAGUGUCAUCAGAAGAGAUAAAAUAUAAUCCAGAUUCCCUCUGCCAGGAGCUGUUUUCAGAACAUGAAGGACUCGAAGAGCUAAUUAAUGAAGAAAUAUGCAAGGAAAAAUGUUCCCAAGGAAUAUUGAUUUUUUCUAGAAGCUGGGCAGUUGAUAUUGGCCUACAGGAGAAUCAGAGUGUCCUUUGUGAUGCUCUUUUGAUAGCUUCUGACAGCUUUCCGGUUCUGUAUACAGUACUCAGGGAGCCACCUCUUAAAGGAGAGGGCUAUUCCAUCUGGAAGGACUAUUGCGUCUAUACUGCCCACAUGUUAAAGCAAAAAUUGGUGAACACUGGCGGUUACACUGAAAAAGUGUGUAUUAUUCCCAAGAUUCUGAUUCUGAAUUCUGGAAACGAAGCAGUGGAUUUCGGGAGCUCAGUCCAGCUCAGUUACCCUAAAUCUUACAGAGUGAAGGCUGAGGAAAUGACAAGGCUACUUCAGUCCCUAGUGAUAGCCUUGCUCAGCUUCCGAUCCUUUUUAAGUGACCAGAUUGGCUAUGAGGUUCUAAACCUGCUCACAAUUAAACAGUAUGAAGUGAUUUCAAAAAAUCUUCACAAAUCUCCAAGAUUGUUUGUCCAUGGCUUCCCCGGAACAGGGAAGACAAUUAUAGCUAUGAAGAUCAUAGAGAAAAUCAAGAACGUGUUCAAAUGUGAGAAAAAAGAGGUCCUUUAUAUCUGCGAAAAUCAGCCCUUGAAGAAUUUCAUGAGAAACCAAGAUAUCUGUACAGCUGUGACUCGAAAACAUUUCCUGGCCUACCCCUUUAAUGAAGUUAAGCACAUCGUCAUUGAUGAAGCUCAGAAUUUCCGCCAAGAAGAUGGUUCCUGGUAUAAGAAGGCCGAGGAAAUCACUCAGAAACCUCACUGUUCCCCAGGGAUACUCUGGAUCUUCUUGGAUUAUUUCCAGACCACUCAUAGAGAUAAGAGCGGCCUUCCCGAUUGGAGAAGGCAGUACCCCAAUGAAAAGCUCACCAAAAUAGUCCGUAAUGCAGAUCCUAUAGCUGAAUAUAUUAAAGAAAUUAUGGAAAGGAUCAAAAUCAAUCCUCCAUUUAGCUCUCUAGUGGCUUUAAGUAUGCUAGAUGAAGCUGACUGGCAUUCGGGGGUUCAAGGUUUCUUUGAGCUUAAGGAGAAUUUGACAAGGGACCAGAUUGUGACCUAUGUAGCAGAACAAUGCAAAAAACUGUUCCAAAAGGGCUUUUCUUCCAAAGACAUUGCUAUUCUAGUCAGCACGCGCAAGGACAUAGAAGAUUAUGAAGAACAAUUAAAACAAGCAACUAAGAAAAUCAGGGGGCUGAGAAUCUGUUCUGACGCUACUAUGGAAGGCAAUUAUAUUGUUCUUGAUAGUAUUAGGCGCUUCUCAGGCCUCCAAAGGCCCAUUGUGUUUGGGCUUAAUCCUUCCUCAGGCCUUCUAGAUAUUUCACUCACUCUUUUGGUCUGUCUGGCUUCAAGAGCAUUAAUUUACCUCUAUGUCCUAAAUGAGAAUUAGAUGCAGGGGCUGAGGAGGGAGUCCAAAUAGAGCUCAGCUCCCCAACAUCCCAUCAUAAACAGCAACACACAAAUAGUAACCAGGAGUGAAAGAAUAAGGAUGGGAAUAAAAAUGAAUGCUUGCAAGAAAAUCAUCUCUCAGCUGGGGUGGGAGGUUGGCUAACUAACAAACAUCUCUUAAAUGCUUACUAUGUAAUAGGGAGAGAAGGGUUUUGCUAAUUGAAAAAUAAGAUAUAAUUUUGAAAAAAGGAAAAAAGAAAUGAAUCAAGGCAAUCGAUGGCUUAAACAGAAUGCCAAGAUGCAAGAAUGAAGGUCAUCAGAACUUACCACCCAUCUUAAUAUAGGAUCAAUAAAAACUAGAAGGAAAUAAUGGAAAGGGGGUAUUCCAUUCAAAAUAGCUAGGAAAAGGGGGGGCAAGUAGGUGACUCAGUGGACAGAGAGCCAGGCGUAGAGAUGAGAGGUCUUGAAUUCAAA